AAUACACUAGUUGAAAAAACUAUUAUUUAAAAUACAAAAAUACAAAAAAAAAAGGUUUGCGCGUUAUGUAAUUUAAUCUUUCAGUCCUAUAAUUUUCAAAAGAUCGCCACUGUUAUCGAAAACUCAGAUCUCCAAAAGAAGAAACUCGCUCUCACUUACCUACUACGCAUCCUCUCGAGAUAGAAUAAAAUAAAAAUGAGCUGCUUCGGGUGUUGCGAGGAAGAUGAUAUGCACAAAGGUGCUGCUGAUCACGGUGGCCACAAUACAGCUAAACACUUUGGAGGGAAUGAUGGGAGGCACAAUGCCUCUGAAGCUGCACAAAAGGGCGGCGCACCAGCUGUGAAGGUGCAGCCUAUUGAAGUACCUACCAUCCCUGUUAACGAACUCAAGGAAGCUACCGAGGAUUUUGGAUCGAGUUCUCUCAUCGGUGAAGGCUCCUACGGAAGAGUUUAUUACGGGAUGCUAACUAACCAGCAGCCUGCAGCUAUUAAAAAGCUUGAUUCUAACAAACAGCCUGACAAUGAGUUCCUUGCCCAGGUUUCCAUGGUGUCGAGGCUGAAGCAUGACAACUUUGUUCAACUGCUUGGCUACUGUGUUGACGGGAACUCGAGGAUACUUGCCUAUGAGUUUGCCAAGAAUGGAUCUCUUCAUGACAUUCUUCAUGGGAGAAAAGGAGUGAAAGGAGCUCAGCCAGGACCUGUCUUGUCGUGGUACCAACGGGUGAAAAUUGCGGUUGGAGCUGCGAGAGGGCUAGAGUAUUUGCAUGAGAAGGCAAACCCUCACAUCAUUCACCGUGACAUUAAGUCAAGCAAUGUCCUACUCUUUGAAGAUGAUGUUGCCAAGAUUGCUGACUUUGAUCUCUCUAAUCAAGCUCCUGAUAUGGCUGCUCGCCUUCAUUCGACACGUGUCCUUGGAACUUUCGGUUACCAUGCCCCUGAAUAUGCGAUGACCGGUCAGUUAAAUGCCAAGAGUGAUGUGUACAGCUUCGGGGUUGUCUUACUGGAGCUCCUUACAGGUCGAAAACCUGUUGAUCAUAGAUUACCCAGAGGCCAGCAAAGUCUAGUCACAUGGGCAACACCUAAACUGAGUGAAGACAAGGUCAAACAGUGCGUUGAUGCAAGACUUGGUGGCGAUUACCCUCCAAAAGCUGUUGCCAAGUUAGCGGCGGUAGCAGCGUUGUGUGUGCAGUAUGAAGCAGAUUUUAGGCCGAAUAUGAGUAUUGUUGUGAAAGCUCUACAACCUUUGUUGAACGCUCGAGCCGCUGCUCCAGGGGAUGGAUUACAUUAGCCAACACCGGAAUAUUUGAUAUCUCCGCCGUCUUCCUGAAUAUUUGAUUUCCACAUAUACAGUAAUCAAAACUUAUAGUGUGCAUAGAAAAUCUAUUUUUUUUUUGUUACAAAAUUAAAUCCGUCACCGUUAUUUGGAUUCUUGCUUUUCUACUAAACUGCUAUCUCUCCCAUACAAUUUCUGACCGCCUAAUAUUAUUAUUUUCAUUGAA